AUGCUCGUAUUCAUGGGCGGGAUUACUUCUGAGCUGGAACAGAAGCACCUGGACCUGGCUGCUGGACCCGCGAUGACUUUGACCGCUAGUCCAGCGUCGCAGUCGCUACCCGGGACACUCACACCAGACCGUCGCAUUCUUACUCCAAAUACCUCAUCUUCGGGCAGCGCUUCAGACAUGCCAACUAGCAGGGGCAGCUUAUCCGAUGCAGGCGGUAUCUCGUAUGAGGACCAACUGCUACAGCACUUUCUGACCAUUGGCCCGCCGGCUGCUCUUUUUGCGCCGGUAAACAUCGAGUGGAAGUAUAUGCGCCCAGCGCUGCUGGUUCAUGCACGAGAUUCCAGUCCGCUUUUGAAUGCUUUAUACUGCUACGCGGAUGUUCAUAAAGCGAUGAUGGAAGGGAAAAAAUGGCGCUGGGCGCCUACCUUUUAUAGAGUGGCUAGUUCGGAGAUCCAAGCUUGUAUUCAUGGCGAGGUGACGGAGUCCACACUCAUCAAAGUUUUUGGAGCUGUUUUUCUCUUAAUGAUAUCCGAGCUUCUCUCACCUUCCGGAAUAUGCACCGGAACUUCUUAUAUUCACUCCGGGUACCUUAUUCUACAACGAUUCCAUGAUCGUACUCGACAUUGGACCGGUCUCGGUCAUCUUUUGGUGUCAUGGAUCUUACUGCUAGAUGUCAAGUCCCUGAUUGCAGGCCGAGAUGGCGAUCCUCUCCCUGAACUCGGCAACAUCCCAGAACAUAGCAUAACACUGAAACCACCGGAUACACAAACUUCCCAAACAUCUCACAUAACCGCACCAACAGCCAACUUUAAACAAGAGGACAGCAUCGAAGACCCAUUCCUCAGCCCCAACUACCUCGUCUACGAAGCAAUCGUAGGCCCGGCAUUCCGAUUCUUCGUACAAGCCCAACAAGUCGUACGACGCAUAGUCUGCAUCGACCUCCACCACCGCAGCCGCGGAACUCUCACCGACGAGUUCGAAGUACUCCAACUCGCCCACAAAAUCGGCGCCGAUCUCGAAACACUCUGGCACCGACGCCCCUCAGUAAUAGACGUCUACGGACGGCCCGAAGCUCUAACUGACAUCCUUUGUGCGCCUGUGGCAUCGGAAAUCUGCCGCACAUUCCGCCAAUACGUGGCCAACUUCUUAGCGAACUUUAUCUACUUGCAUCGCGUUGCAUUUGCAAUAUAUCCUCGCACAGAACGCGUCAACGGCGCUGUCGAUCAAAUCAUUCAACUGGCCACCGUUGACUCUGCCGGGCCAGACCAUCUGCCCGUCAGUUUCUUAUGGCCGCUGUUCAUUGCGGGGCUGGAGGCUACGGAGGACCAGCGCAAGUGGAUUGGCCACGAGAUUCAGCGUAUGGCUGCGGCCCACGAAGCUGACGCGGCACCUUCGGCCACUCGUCACCCGACCGCUGAUAGGGUCCUAGUGCUUGUGGAGGAGAUGACCCGGCGGCAAGAUGUGUCACGCACAUGGGCAGACUCGAAAUGUGUGAGGCGGGAAAUGUUUUCGGACUUUUUCGUUGUGAUUUGA